GCUACUCCUGUGACACCUGCAGAUGGGUAUAUUUACCUGCGACGUGACUCAGGUUGCAUUUUCUGUUGGUGACCGAAGUAAUGGGAGUGUUUUGGGCCUUGCUUGUUUCUGUGCUGACUGUCUGGUUUACCAAAGGCUCUGGUUUGCCGGUUGGUGGCAAGAAUGAAAUGAGUGGUAAUGGGCAGCAGAGGACAAUGGGAGAUCUAUCUCCUAAUGACUCCUCCAUGAAGAAGGCCCUUACACUUCAGCAUUCACUUGAGUCUGUGUUGCUGAGGAAGUCUAAAGAAGUCCAACUGGAAACCAAUCAAGUGGAAGUGGCGACAUCAGCUGUCUACCUGCAAGUUGUUGAAAAGGUGCAGGGCGACAAGGGCAGCAGCAGCACGGGCCAGAACGGCACCGUGGACGAUGGCAGCACGGGCCAGAACGGCACCGUGGACGAUGGCAGCGCGGGCCAGAACGGCACCGUGGACGAUGGCAGCGCGGGCCAGAACGGCACCGUGGACGAUGGCAGCGCGGGCCAGAACGGCACCGUGGACGAUGGCAGCGCGGGCCAGAACGGCACCGUGGACGAUGGCAGCGCGGGCCAGAACGGCACCGUGGACGAUGGCAGCACGGGCCAGAACGGCACUGUGGACGACUACUCCGCAGGCAGCAACAACGGCACUCUGGGAGACUGCGGCUACCCCAACUGCACAGUGAGCGAUUAUGACUACAAAAUCCAAAAUGUCACAGUGGCCGACGACGCAGGCGGCAACAACGGCACAGCGGGCGACUACUCUGGCGGCAACAACGGCACUCUGGGAGACAACAGCUACCCCGGCGGCAACAACAAUGGCACUGGGGGCGACGUGCAGAGUAACGACACUCCCCUUUGGCAACGACAAAGUGUGGAGCGUCAACGCUACUCUGAACGACGACGAGUAGUUAACCGUUAGACAUUUUCUGCUUGUACCUACUUUUAAUUACUGUUAAAUAAAACUAACAAAUUG